AUGGAUCGAUUGCGACGAAAAGCUGACGAGGAGAGGCGAAAAUACGAGGAGAUGAUGAGAAGGGCGAAAAUCUACGAUCACGAGAUGCACGAGAAGGAAGCCGCGUUCAAAAAGGAAGAAGCUGAAAGAAAUGCGGCGUUGACGUACCACCAAACGCUGGGUCCCAAAAAGUUCCGUGUGCUUCAGGAGAACCCGAUGCGCAGCAUCUCGGAAACGACUCUCGAUGGUCCGACGACGAGACCAUUUUAA